AUGUCGAGUGGAGGUGAUAAGAAGGGCAGUGAUUCUGUCCAACAAAAAAAAGAAGAUGCUAAACCAAAGCCAUGUUGUGUUUGUUUGGACGAGAAAAAGCAAAGAGAUGAAUGUCUCUUAUUCAACGGUCAAGAAAGCGGCAAGUGUGACGAUUUGAUUUCCAAAUAUAAAGCUUGCAUGAAAGGGUAUGGAUUUGAAACCCGUUAG